ACCAUAAUGGUAUAUUUGGUUAUUCAUUUAGCAAAUGAAGCAAGACUUGCUGGUCCAGUCAUAUAUCGGUGGAUGUAUCCUGUUGAGAGGUUUCUUCUUACGCUUAAGACGUAUGUGCGUAAUAGAGCUAGUCCAGAGGGUUCAAUUGCAGAAGGCUAUUUAGCUAAUGAAUGUUUAACUUUUGCUUCACGAUAUUUAGUGGGGACUGAAACUAGCUUCAAUCAAUCAACUAGAAAUGAAGAAGAUCAAAAUGUUGCCAAUGAUGAGGAAGUAUCCAUUUUUGCAAAUGUUGGAAGACCAUUGGGAAGGAAAAAAAAUAAAGGUUGUAGUAGUAACAAGCGUAAGAGGGUCUCACGUAUUACACUUGACAACCAAACUUUGGUGCAAGCACAUCGUUAUGUGUUGUUCAAUUUUGAUGGAGUUGCUCCAUUUUUAAAGAAGCAUGAGCAAUUUAUUAAGAGGCGUAAUCGCUCCCCACGUCUUUCACCUUAUGAGAUACAAAAGUUACAAAGUGAAACAUUUCAUGAUUGGUUUCAUGAUCAUGUUGCACAAUUGGAGCAACAAGGAAAUGCAAACAUCACCGAUGAACUUAGACUACUUGCUCGUGGUCCAAUGGAUACAGCAAGGAGAUACACUGGAUACAUUGUUAAUGGUUUUUAG